AUGAUCACAGCGAGCAGCGGCGAUGGAAGUUAUUUCGGCAGCAGCGGCGUUGCCAGGAGAAACAGGACCAGUGACGGGAGACCCGGUUGGACGAACGUGGUCUCCGGUGGCACGUCACAGUUGUCCCUUCAGAAGGUGCUCAUGCUGGCGGUUUUACUGUGGCUAAACUUUCUGCAAAUUCAGCUUGUAACGGCCGCCUUAUCCAAGGAUGCGUCGUCCGCUUCAGCCACAUCCGCAUCCGCCAGCACGUCCUCGUCCAGCACAAGGUCGGCGGCACCAGCACCAGCGUCCUCACUGAUCGACGGGAUCAUCCUCGACGAGGAUGGUGUCCUGCCAACGCUCAGCGAGGAAGCCGCUCUGCAUCUGCUGUUCCAGCCCCGGCUGUUAAACUUCGCCGAACGAUCGAUCGGCGAUCCGCACAAUCAGUUAGUGGUGCUCUUUAACCGGCACAAAAACCGUAGCGUCUAUCUUGGCUCGAUAUCUGGCAGCACGGCCGAGCUAUCGAGCUCGUAUUUUAAGGAGAAGGUGAUACCGCCCGGUGGCAACACCAGCUUCAACGUCGUGUUCCUCCCACGCAAGCUCGGCCCGGCAGACGGUUCGCUGUUGAUACACACGUCCUUCGGUAUGCUUCGGUACCAGGUGCAGGGCGAGGGCAUCGAGUGCCCGUACCGGUUGCGACCGCUCGUCGGUUUGCAGGCUCCGCUGAAUGCAACCAUCACGCCAGAGAUCAGCAUAUACAACCCCCACGAUACGCCGCUACAAAUCGAGGAGGUGUACAGCAGUGACGGCAGCUUCCAGCUCGAACUGCCAGGCGGCACCCAGGAAGGACCGCUGGAACUGUGGGAAAUUCCACCGCACAGUACGCGCACAGUCAUACGGGUGCGUUUUCACGCCAGGACACCUGGGACCCACGGUUCGUACGUACGCAUAAAGGUAUCCGGCGGGACCGCGAACCCGUCGCUCGCCGACAAGAUGCUAGUUGUCCCGGUUGAGGUGGAGAUCACGAAGGAUACGGGCCUGUACUCGCGUAUAUCCUUCCUGGAGCUGGGCGUUACUUCGUCGUUCUUGUUCGCACGGCGUACGUCGAUCACAUCCGUCCUUGCCGCGCCCGUCGUUGGCAGCGAGUCGGGGCUAAGUUUGCGGCUUGGGCCCAAUGUGACCCGGCUCAGUGUGGAUCUGCUAAACUCCGGCAUCCAACCGGUGCGGGUUAAGAGCUGGGGUGUCCAGGCGGACGACAUGGAAUCGGUGCUUUGUAUGCACGUGAUGGUGGCGGAAGAGCGAACGCUGCACGUCGAGUUCGAUUGGUCAAAGUUGACGAGCAGUCGGCGACAUAUAAGCGGCCGAAUUCUGCUCAAUCUUGAGCGGACGCUGUCGUACCCGUCAUACGACGAUCAUCAACCGAGCGAGGAAGAAGAGGCGGAAGAAGACGGCUAUCAGCAGGAUGAGCAGGAACACAACCAGGAUGAUCCUGGCACGGUGAAUCACAGCACGUCUGAGGAGGAAACCAGCCACCAACACCGUGCAGGUUAUGAGGGAGAUGGGGAGGUGGAUGGAGAUGGCGCGGAGAAGGUUGUGACCAGCAUCUACUCCAUACCUUUCGCUGGUGAGGUGUUAAAGGGAGGCAUCCAGUACAACGAAGAAGUGUUGCGGUUUCUUCUGCCGCCUCCCGUACCAGGACCGGGCCCACAGGACACUGGGGACGAAUGGGAGAUCGAAGAGGGCAGUGAAGAGAGCGGUAGCAAUCGAGGACGACCGCUGGUGAUCCGCAACUACUUCAACGUGCCAUUGUCCAUCACAAAUAUAAGCGUACCUGAGAACUGUUCGCGUUGUUUGGCGUUCGAAGGAUUCCGUCCUGUCGUGCUGCAACCGAACAACGAGCGGACACUGAUGAGGAUCCAUCGAAUGCGUGCUCUGUCGUUGAGGCAUAUGCAACCCAUCACCAUUUCCACUUCGCUACGGCUGGUGACGAACAUAAGCGUCUACGAACUGCCCGUGGUUGGGUACAGUGGUCGGUUAGAGCGACUCCUUUCACCGACCGUAAGGGACGCGUCACAACUGACGCCAAUGGAACUGACCGGUGUGACGGGGAACCAGCAGGAGCUCGAUUUCGGAGUGUUACCGAUCGCAACGAUCGGUGAGGCUCUGAUAGUGUUCCGUAACCCAAAUCCAGUCCCGAUACCGAUCAUCCAUUGGAAGGGCGCCAUCACUUCCGAGGCGGCCGUUGGAGCUCCGACCAUUACGGUGAUCCUGCGCGGUUGCGGACCACAGCGACUCGAUGGGCUCGUCUUUUGUCACACUGUGCAACCGGGCGAGUGGGUCGUUUUUCAGAUCAGCGUGCAUAGUGGGACGAUUGACAGCUAUCAGGGACGGUUCACGGUCAAGACUGACUAUGAGGAGAUCGUGACACCGCUCCGGUUUACGACGGCCGUCGGGGAGCUGCACCUAAUGCGCGAGCGGUUGCGCUUUACGGACUGUUUUCCGGGGAAGCUGUGCACGUUGUCGCUGCUUGCUGCCUCCAGCUUCCCGACCAAAAUCCAGAUCGAAAGCAUCCGUACCGACGUGCCCGGGUUGGGCUACGAGUUCCUUACACCGGACAAGCAGCGGCCAAUAGCGCCCAACCAACCGGUCACCUUGCAUCCUGACACCGUUACCAGCAUCGGUCGGUUGACCUUCGACCCGAAAGCCCAUUGCGGCCCAUCCGACUGCUACAGCAGCUUCGAUCUGCUUUCGAAACCAUUCGGCGUAAAAUGGAUGGCAACACUGGACUGCUAUGAGCAGUAUCGACGGCUGGACAGCGAUAAACUGCUGCAGCAGCUGCAACGGUACGCUGAGAUGCGCCAGCGGCUCACCAGCGUGCAAUUUCAGGUGUUAGCCGAAUCGAGCCGUCGGUUUGACUUCAACGCAAGUGUCGAUCUGGUGUGGCCGAAAUUGUUGGAUGAAAACGUCUUCUUUCCGACGCUACAGGUUGAGCAGGAGGCUGUGCGAUUGAUCACAAUCAACAACCCAUCGGAUCAGAUCCUCUUCGUACACCUCGUGUUGCACGAUGUGGCGGUCCAUGGGCGGCUUCCGGUGGUGGACGGCGGGGGUGGCAAUGGUGGCAUUGCGUUACCACCCGAAGUUUUGACCGCUUGCGAUAACUGCAGCCUGAGCGAGGAGAGCGUAUUUUCCUUCUUUCUCUUCGACAGCGAUGACAUAUACGUGAACUACGUCAAGCCACUGUCUUUCCUGAGGAUAGCUGUCAAGUUUAGCGCCCGGCAGCCUGGCACCUAUUCGACCGUGCUGUACAUGCGGAAUAAUCUAACAUUAAUCGACGCCGCCUGGAUACAAGCCCGGGCCGUUGUGCCACAGUUCAAGUUCGGCAACCGGCGACCCGGUUCGCCGACGGCUCUACAAUUUGAGAUCACGGAAAAGCAUCUGCAACCGUGCCUUGAGCGGUACUACCGGAAGCUGCGUGAGCAAGGACGACUCGGCAGUAAGGAAGGCCAGGAACCGACCGAGCGGGUCCAGCAGGAUGGCCCUGCGGUGCAGCAGGAUGGCGAGAAGGAGGAGUUCGAAGUAGAAACUAAGCGAACCUUUACGGCGCGAAACUACGGCGAGGUACCGAUCGUGAUAUCCGGCAUCCGGAUCGAGGAGGCACCCUGCGAGGGUUACGGCUUCAAGGUGCUGGAUUGCGUGCCGUUUGAGCUGGCACCAAAUGCAAGCCGGAAGAUUGAGAUCGUGUUUGCGCCCGAUUUCACACUCUCGCGCGUCGUGCGCAUGCUGCAUUUUGAUACGAAUAUCAACAAUUUCCCGGUCAACUUCACGUUGCUGGGUACGGUCCCGAUGCAACGGUUGGAUAUCUGUAACCAAAGCCUACCUCGGCCGUGGUUCGAGUACUGGUUCCGGGCGUUUCUGUUCGUGGUGCUGCCGACGGCACUGUUCGGCACACUGGCUGCCGCCGUCCUUGACUCGAACCGCGUGCUAAGGAUACAUUUUUUGAGCCUCGUGCGCGAGAAGGGUCCGCUGCAGCCGCCGCUUGACUUAAGGCAAAUCGCGCUGCAGCAUACCAGCGCAGUUUCCGACGCCAGCACCAGCAGCAAGGACGCUCGAACAGUUGCAUCGACAAGUCCUAACGGUGCGGUGAAUACAGCGUCCUCGGUGGUGUCCCGCAACCACCGGAAACCGGAUCGCAAAAAUGGGUCGCACACGAAGGGAGCCAACGUGGCGGGGGGACUGCAAAAUGGUAGUUCCUUCGGAGGGUUGGCCAUGUUAGAUAGUACGCCAAGUCGAUAUAAUCGUAGUUGGAAUGAUUUUACGACCAAACUGGGAGCAAGUCCCAAACUGGGAGCAAGCGUCGCUGUUGCAGCAUUGCCUUUGCCAACUACUGCGCCGGUUCCCACUUCGUCGGUAACGGAAUCGUCCUCGUCGUCACAGAUAUCGCUGGUCAAGACCCGUCGGUCGGUUACUCCUCCGAAGGAACAGCAGUCUCCAGUUGCGGAACCAGCGCAUCAGUCGCCCAUCAGCAACGGUAACCUUGGAGCUACCAAAGAUAGAACUAAACCUUCGUUGCCGCCAGCAGAAGCAGACACGAAAUCAGCGCGGAGUGGAUCCUGCGGUACAAAACCAGCACCGGUUGCAUCCCUUACCAGUGACUUAACGUUUGAAUCAAAUUCAACCGCCAACAAGCAACAUCACCAUACAUCGUCAUCCUCGUCGUCGUCAGUAGCUGGAACUGAGGAACCGGCUGGGGAGGAAAGAAAUAUUUCAUCGGCCAGUUCGUCCUUGUCCUCAUCAUCGUCAUCGUCUGCGGUUUCCUCUACGUCUUCGUCGCCAUCACCAACGACGAAGCAGCAACAUCAUCAGCAGCAACAACAACAACAAUCGAAGCAGCAGUCAGCAAACUCCGCUGGCAAAGCAAAUGUGAAGAAAACGAAAAGCCUUCCGGUUAGUUACGAAUCGGUGGUAGUCUCUCUGGCUUCGGUGUUUGCCGUCAAUUCGUUAUCAGCGGCCACAACAUCAACAGCAUCGUAUCCGAGUCAAAAACCCACAUCGGAAAUGGUUGCAUCGUCGGCUGCAAUUUUAUCCACCUCGAUAGUGACUUCCGCUUCAAAGGAAUCAUCAUCCACUGUGCAGAUAGCUUCAAAGGAUGCUCCAAAUAAGAUGCGAUCCCCAGCGAACAACUCUAACGGCAGCUGCGGGAAGCAACUCGCGGCAACGAAUGGUGCAGGCAAGAUGAGUAUGGCCACGCAGUCUAACCGACAUCAGGAGCCGAUUGUAACGAAAAGCAACGGUGAUAAAGUGAACUUUUUGGUCGCUGGUGCUUCAUUAGAGACGCUUGGAAAGGAGAAUACCUCCAGCGGGAACAUCAUCGUUCUGGAAAAGCCCACCGGGGGAAACACACAGAGUGAGCCGGCACAGCAUCAGCCCCAGCAGUCACAAUCGUCGAAAAAAUUUAGCAAAACUCCGGGCCGCGAACGGAAACCAAACCAAGGCAAGAAAGGAGCGAAUGGCAAGGGAUCGACAUCAGGCGGCCAGGUGUACAAAGGAACCGCGCUGCAGUUCAAUUCGUCCUCGCAGCAACAGCACAAAUCGACCACUCUCGGUACAAUCCUGCAAAACGCUGCUGUGCCCGUCCCAACAUCGGUUUGGGGAGAAAAUUGCGCCCGGUUCAGCGAUGUCGUAGCACAGACACCCGUCUCCUGCGCGAAGGCCGGUGGAUCCUCUACGGCGGUCACCUCCACGCUGUUGGGAAUGGAUCUGCUCGUUAGCCUUUCGGCGCUCGCAAGUGGAGGCAAUAACACUGAUCAGUCUGUACAAAAUUCGCGUACCCUCGGGAAUGCAUUUGGGACCGGUAUGUCCGGCUCACAUGGAAAUGCGCACCACCGAAAGCCUUUACAUGUGGUACAAGAGAUCACAAAUGGUUCUUUAGGAUCCUCUACGGAUGGUGGCACUGCAUCUGUUUCCAAUCGUAACGAUCACAAAUCGAAAGACGAUAGUUAUCUUGGAGGAACGACUGUUCGUGAAACUGCAGCACCAUAUGUCGCAACUAGCGUGUCCCCAGACCUUGGUCCGAUUGGAACAUCUAAAAAAUCACCUUCAGGAGGAAGUAACGAUGAUGGUGAUGGAAACGAUUGUAACGGGACAGGAAGAAUGGCUUGCAGCAGGGCAGGUGUCAACGUGACAAAAUGUUGGGAACCGUUUGGUGGACAUAUUCUUCACAAUCCGACUCAGCUCACUGGUGGAUCUGGCGAAGCGAUUAUUGGCACUUCGGGCAACGGCGUCCAACAGUCAGAUAGCUUAUUUUCGCAAUCAUUUGCCGACUUUCAUCACCACCAAAAUGAGCAGUAUCAGGGUAUCGCUUCAAUGGCGGGAGUAUCUAGCAACUCAGUAAGUGGAAUCACUACAGCGUCACUGCUUUCUCACCCGAUACACACUUAUUCCGAUCUCGCUGGAGCUCUGCCGAACGGUAGUCAUCACCAGGUCGGAGCAUCUGGAAGCGUGGGUAAUGAAUUUAUAUUUGAGCAUUCUCCGAGUAAUGCAAUGAGCCAUCAACAACAUCAUCAUCAGCGCGAUUGGAAUAACUCCAUGGAACCUGCUUUACACUGGUCGCUGUCCUCCCAUAAACCGAUGUUACAGCAGCAAUCGAGUGCAAUUGGUCAAAAUUGGAAUACUUCGGAUCUGUGGAACAGUCUUGAAUCUCAAAAUCAGUACCCAUAUCAUCAGCACCACCCCCAGCAUCAGAGCCAUCAUCAGCAGCAACAACAACAGCAUCAGCAACAAGAGCAACAGCAGCAGCACCGACAACAGCAGCCACAGCAUCACCAUCAUCUCCAGCAGCAACAGCAAAUGAGUUUUUCAACAUCGAUGCACUUCAACUCGCAGAUGGCUGCAGCAGCUGCAACGGCCAGUCAGAUUGCAGGCAAUCGUCCGCUUCAACAUCAACAGCAAAACGUGCCUGAUGUUGGGCUACUACAUUCUUCCUUGAGUGUAAACGAUAGUUGGUUCAAUACAUCCAUAUCGUCGGGCCAGACUACUGUCGCACCACCGCCUGGCUUCUCGAAUCAUCCGCCAUCCUUGGGAUCCCACGCAAUUAUGAAUGAUUUUGCAUCGCAAACCAACGGACUAGAGCAUUAUCGGUUAUUACUUCAACUACAACAACAACGUCAGCCUCAGCAUCAGGAACAGCUUCCUCUACACCACCAACGCCAGCAGCAGCAUAUUCGGCAACUUCCAUCCGAAGAUUCGGUCACCGGAACUGGUGAUGUUGCUACCACAGGACCUUCGUCUCCAGGUGUUCCCUCGUCUACUACGUCCGCACUGGCGGCAGCAUCGUCCUCUGAAUCUUCAACCGGUUUCUCGGCUUCUCCGCUAUCAUCUUCUUCGCCGACUAACGUGUCAGGGUACGAUCCCUUUCGGGUCGAUAUGAUCUGGGCUCCUGGCAGCAACAGCGAUCCCUGGGCAGCAUCGGCAGAGAAGAAAAAGUAAAGCAUCUCCUGUGAACAGAAAUGUGAAACAAUAGUUGAAUUCUCACAUGUUGCUUCUUGCCUACAGGUAAAGAUAGCGCAUAUUGGAAACAUCCAUUUUAAAUUUAAUUUUGCUUGGAAUUUCAACUCACUAUGUUGCUUUUUUUCAUUUUAAAGUUCAUAGAAAUGAUGUGACGUGAAGCUUAGCACAUUUCUAUUGUUUAGAUUUUUUAGAUACUCAAACUGUCUUGAAAUGUCUGAUUCACAUUUUAUUCAUUAGUUUUUCUUCUGAGUCAAUAUGUUGUUGACGAUUAGAUAGCGUGGGUUUAUCAUAGUUUGUCUGCUUGCUUUACACAAUCAAGUUUUCCUUUCCCUUUUUAGUUUUUUAAUGAUCAAAUUCAUCCAUAUAUUGUUUUUUUCAUUCAGCAUCUACACUUUUCUUUUUUAAUUAUUACUCUAUUCGAUAUUAUGUUUUAAAUGCGUUGCGUUAGUGAUAUGAAUUACAUUUGAAAUGAAAACACCUGAAUAUGUUUCGUAUUUUGGUAAAGCUACUGAUCCGCUCAGUCAGUCAAUCAAAAUGCCGUGCAAGGAAACUAAAAGCCAGCGAAAUUUAAAGAAACAAUGUUGAAAAUUGUGUUCAUAGAUGCUCUUUGGCUCAUUCUUCAAACUAUGUUUAACUGGUACAUUUAAUUUACAGGACAACCGAGCUAGUUUCUUUUCUCGUACAUUUUGGAUAAAUCGCAGCUGCCGUUGGAAUUUGAGAACAGAAUCAGUUAGGGAUCCUAACACUAAUACCCUAGUCUCAAUUUUGCACUGGUAGUAAAAUGGUUGAAAAAUUUUAAGGUUUGAAGUGAUUUCGCGCCAUCUUGAACCCAGAAUUAAAAAAAAAUCAUCUUAUAGAAUCAUUGAAUAGGCUUUACUAAACGAGAAGGAAUAGUAUCUCCCUGAAUCAAAAUAUGGCUGAUAAUACUGAAUUGAGGCAAACGAUGAGAUGAGGUUGAAAAAAAUUGGAAUACAAUGAUACAUUAUUACAAAAAAAAAAACAAUAUAUUUGCUGCUAGAGAGGCAUGAUUCGUAAC